UUUUCCUCUGCAUUCAAACGUAGUCAACUGAACCGGCAUCAAGGGCUAAAGUUUGAGAAAAUUCUGUACAAUGGAGACCAUAUCGCUUGAGAUGCAUCCAAUGGGAAACAGUGAAAGUAUAGUUGAACCUAGACCAUACAUGCAAGACCUUCCAAGCCGUCUAGUUCGCCAUUCCGCUUCGACAGUUAUGAGGAGUCAAGCCUCUAUGCAGCGGAGAAGCGUUGGAAAUACACUUCAACGAACGGACGCUUUGAGAAGAGAUGGGAAUUUGCAAGGGCAGCUCGACGAAUUUUCGCCAGGGCCUGUGUGCGACCGUCAAAUGAUCGACUGUGGGUUUUCUACACUCCCUGAAGAAGUCUUAGAGAAAGUGAAUUUCAAAGCUGUCCCUUUACCGAUGUCAUUUAAACGCCGGUUUAAGGAUUCUCUACAGGCAAGAGCUCCUAAGAGAGUUUCGAAAGGGAAAGCUCUGCUGAUGAGCGUAACCAUGGCAUGGACUCGCUUUGAAAUCGUUGUUAAAGAAGGCCUUUAUUCUCUUCAACUCUGGCGCGGACAUCUCAAAGAAAUUGAAGGGCAGUUCGGCAGCGGUGUAGUCUCGUACUUUGUAUUUCUUCGUUGGCUCAUGUUACUAAAUUUAUUUGUCUUUGUGAUGGAGUUCGGCUUUGUUUCUCUGCCAACCAUAGUAAUCUGUUCUGGCACGCCCACGAAUCACGCGAACGGUCACGCAACCAACGUGACAAGCUGUAGAUACGACUCUGCUUAUUCCUCUUCGAAUAAAUCGGACAGCGGCAUACUGACAGCGGUGUUAGACUUCUUUACUGGGCAAGGCUGGAUCAGUAACACAAUCAUGUUCUACAGUACUUACCCGUCGGAUGUUAUCAUAUCCCAAGAAGGGGUGAGAUACCUCUUACCGCUGGCCUACCUGUUGACUGGGGGCGCGUAUUUCCUAUUCUGUCUCCUUACCUUAGUAAAGAAUGCAUCCAGCGGCUUAAGACAAGGUUACAUCGAAAGCGAGGGCGUAUUUAACUCAUUUUGCAACCGGCUGUUUUCUGCGUGGGAUUACUGUAUUUGUGAACGGAGUGCGGCUAUGCACAAAAAGCAGAUUAUCGCUAAGGACUUUUGCUUUGAAUUGGAGGAGGAACAAAGAUUGAGACGAACUCUAAACCGGACAAAGAAGCAGAAAAUGGUCUUAUAUGCAACUCGAAUCACCAUCAAUGUUCUCAUAGUCCCAGCUCUUUGGUACGUGUCAUUCGUGCUCGUGUUCGGCGUCAUCUUCUCCAAAAAAGUCACCGAAAAAGGCCGGAACCAGUUUGAGCAAAUGUUAAUUCGAUCUUCUCUGUCUCUAGCUAUUACAAUCCCGAACCUUGUUCUUCCGCCAUUGUUCGAGUUCUUGUCCGUCUUUGAGGACUGGGGUCCGAAGUUUGAAUUGGGGCUGAAUCUUUUGCGGCGAAUUUGCGUCAAGUUGCCUUCCAUUGCGAUGUUGAUGAUUCUUCUGUACAAGGACCUUGGUGAUCGGAUCCAGGAUGACUCGGUGCUGCUAUCAGCGCAUUGCGAACAAUGUUGGGAAAACGAGAUUGCAGCGCAGAUGUACAUGCUUGUCUGGGUCGAUUUCUUUGUUGUGUUGCUCAUUACCCUCGGCUUCGAGACUUUCAGAAAGCUUCUCUACAAGCACUGUAGCUGUUUUCGCAAAAUUGGAAUGGCACAGUUCGACAUUUCCCGCAACGUCAUCGAUUUGGCGUAUGGGCAGUGUUUGAUUCUGAUCGGAACGUUUUUCAGCCCCAUUCUCCCCGUCAUCGGCGUCUUAAAACUGAUUGUGUUCUUCUAUGUUAAGAAACUAAGCUUGUUUCACAACAAUCGUUUGCCUGACAAACCUUUCCAAGGCGCGAAACUGAGUUCUAUUUUCGCGCUUCUUUUACUCGUCACGUUUUUGAUGUCCAUAGGGCUCGUUGGUUGGGGCGUGACAAGAGUGCCAACAUCUUAUUGUGGACCGUUCAAAAACACUGAAUGCAGCAAAGAGAAAUUUAUCAUUGAUGAAUUAUCCUACGUGGUCUCAGGGUGGCCCGAGUUUAUUCACGCGACACUGCGAUUCAUGCGCACAGCGGCGUUCCUCCUUCCCAUUACGAUAGGGGUAUUGAGCCUACUCUAUUAUUACCGUUCAAUGGCACAUGAGCACCGACGAGUGAUUAAGACUUUGAAGAAUCACCUCAUUUAUGAGGGAAAAUUUAAGAAGAAACUCCUCUCUCAAUUAGUGUCUCAGCCGUACGGUGAUAGAAAUGAGAGGAAGGGAUCUGAAAAAUACAGUGAAGAGGACAUAUUGUUGGCCUCUCUGUGUGAUUGAAAGGUGAUUUAGAGCACUAAAUGAAAACUCUGAAAUGCGGAGACUAAAAUUGCAAGGCCGUCGUUGGCUUCAAAGGGGGAGUAAGAAAAACUAGAUUUUUUCGACGCCAGAUCAUUUGGAUCUGUGUAGCUCCCACGCAAACCCUGGGGAAGGCAUUUCACAUCGCUAUAAAUCCCUGCACCCCCUCCCCUUUGUUCGCGGGUGAGGCAGAUAGAAAAUUGCGGUAUUCACAAUCAAGGACGGGUAAAUGAUUGUCUAGCCUUUCACAGUUUGUCUCCGGGAGAAGUUAGGAAAAUCGAUUUGGAUUUCCAAAGAGAAGUUGGCAAGAUUGUACAAAUUACCACUCAUAAUCAUUAGAUCAUUGUAAACGAGUAUCCUACUGCUGAUUACUUUUGAAAAAUUACAGUUGUAAGUUAUUCGCUAUGAAGAGAGCUGUGUAUGAAAAACAAACCACUUGAAAUGAAAUAAAAUGAAAGAGACCAUAAAAUAUAUUUCUUCUUAAUCUCUUUUGGUCACCUUUCGCUGCAUGCAGUCUCGCAAACCAGAACUGAUCGAAUGCCGAAAAAAUGGAGCAAAUUCUUUGAACGCACUUCC